ACAGUCCUUGAUGAAUCCAUCCUUCAACAGAGGAAAGGAAGCCAUGUCAAGACAAUCCCUCCAUAUCGUCCCGUCCCAUUGGAGGCUGGAGCUUCAGAUGAUGAUAAGGAGUCCAGAGAUCCUAAGCUAAAAAGACGAACUGGACGCCCACCGGGUGUAAAGCCAUCUGGAAAACUCGGUGAAAUCAUUGUAUCGGGAGGCAGUAAUGCUAGUUCCAGUGGGGCGGUGGAGCAACACGACAGAGGACUUGUAGAAGAGGACAAUACUGGUGUAACCCCUGGAAGUUCUGGCAUAUCUCUGGGAGGCAGUGCUAAUUUAUCAAUAAUCCCAAAUAAAGCUGAAAGAGCAGCUAAAAUAUCAGAACCUAGUCUUGCUAAUAGUGCUUCCUUGUCCAUUGCUGUGACCAAGGUUACAGUUCCCAUAACAGUCAGUGUAUUUUCAUCAAAUUCAUCUUCAAUUGCUCCUCCACCUCCUACUUCGUCUUCAUUAACACCAUCUUUUCCAACCUCAUUAUCAUCAGUGUCAACAUCAUUUUCACUCUCGGCACCCUCUUCAUCCACCUCUACAACGACUUUAUCAUCAUCAUCAUCAACAACAACAUUAUCAACCACUGUUUCCAGCUUGUCAUCACCACUAAUAGCAUCUGUGCCAUCUUCAAUAUUAGCUACAACCCCCUCUUUACCUCGUCCCAAAUUAGAAUCUCAUCCUCAUCCUCCAAACACUACACUCGAAAAUCCCAACCAGAUAAUCUUGCCCCUCAACCAGUCACAUAAUCAGUUACACAUGCCGUUACCUGCUGAUGCUGACAAAGACAAACAGCAGGAACGAAACCGCAAGCUGCGACGAAAUGGGCCACGAACUCCAAGUGGAAAUAGUAACUUUGGUGACACAGAAUCCAAUGUUUCAAAUGAUGAGGCCCAGUCUAGUGAUUUAGUAUUGAAUAUAUGUGAAGAAAAGAAUCUUAGUGUUGAAAAAGAAUCAAAUAAAGUGCCAAGUAAACCUUUGGACUCCUCAGAUGAUGGUGCAAGCUUAAAUGUGCAGUUUACACCAAAUAUGUCUACCUUAACUUCUAAACCUGUUUCUGAUCCCUUCAUACCAACUAUGGCUGACUUUGCUACAAGUGAACCAGCUAAGAGAGGGAGGUCUGGCAGUCAGGAGCGAGGACGGAGAUCUAAGCGUGGUAUUGGUAAGCGAGGACGGCCUGGAGGUGUAAGGGAUGCUGGUGGGCGUGACUCAGGAGCAUCCUCUCCUGAUUCAUUUACCAGUGAGUCUGCACCUGCGCCAAAAAGAGGGAGGAAGAAAUUAGAUACUAAAGAGGGGUGUGGAGGCACCCGCCAGGAAAGGAAGGAAAAGUACUAUGUGAAAAGCUGGUCUCUUCCGUCAGUCAUAACCAAUGGUGUUGGUGCCAAUACAUUAUUGCUGGGAAAUCAACUCAAUCCAGCAUCUGCAGUUGCUCAAAAAAUGACAGACACACUUCAUGCAGAGCUUGAAGCACACUCCAUAUACAAAGAUGAGGACAAGAUUGUCAGUUCACUUGUUGGGCCAGUAUUACCUGGAAAGAAAGAGAAUACAAGUGGAAGUAAUAGUAAUGGGAGCAGUCAGCCACCACCUUUCCCACAGAGCCUGGAACAGCUAUUGGAACGCCAGUGGGAACAAGGGAGUCAGUUCCUUAUGGAGCAGGCUCAACAUUUUGAUAUUGCAUCUUUGCUGUCCUGCUUACAUCAGUUGCGGCAGGAAAAUGUUCGUUUGGAAGAAACUGUGAGCUCUCUCAUAUCUCGGAGGGAUCACCUCUUAGCAGUCAAUGCUCGCCUCUCAGUACCACUCAGUUCUCCAACUCCAGCCAAUGCCUCAUCAUCCCCAGGUGGUCCUAAUCCUCCUCCACCUUCCAUAUCUUCUUCGUUAUCGUCGUCAUCUUCCUCAUCUGUGCCAGCUCAUACAACUUCGUUACCCUCCCAUUCUGUCAACCCAAGACCCUCAAGUCGAGGGUCAGCUCCAGCUCUUCCUCCACAGAGACCUCAUUCUCAGGGACAUCAUCCUGCAGCUGGUGGUAGCCAUACUGGGGGUCCAACUCCUGGUCCAGGAGGUGGAGCAGCAGGACACAGAGGAGCAUCACCACAUGACAGAAGAGGACCCUCUCCACAAGACAGAAGAGGUACAUCUCCUCAUGACAGACGUGCUCCACCUCCUCCAAUUCCUGUUGAAAAUGGGCUGGGCGAGCCUGAGUAUCGCUACAGAAGUCCAGGAACAGAACACAGGCAACAGUCACCAAUGUUGCCACCGGGAGCUCAACCCAGCCCCACAUCACUAAGACACAGUCCAGCUGGUAGUAACUUCCACCCAAAUGUAUCACCCCACGGUGUGGGUUCUCCCAGUCCUUCGAGUGUUCCUCAUGGUCACCCAGUAACUUCCCAUGGUCCUCCCCCUCCUCCACAUGCACCUCCACCUCCUCACACUAUGGCUACCUCUCAUGGACCAUCAAGCCAUGGGCCCUCUGGACAAGGGCCUCCUACCCAUGGCCCUGCAAACCACGGAUCACCGCAUGGUCCGCCACCUCAUGGACCGCCGCCACCAAUGGUAUCUGUGGCUCAUAGCUCAACUCAUAGUGUGGCUAUUAGUAGACCAUCAGAUCACCGUGGAGAAAUGGUGAGACUACAUCCAGGACCAUCCCCUGCUCAACACCCAGGUCCCAACAUUGGUCCUGGAGGCUACUCAGUUUAUCAGAUGGUUUCUCCACCAGUGCCGGGCCCACAUCACUCUCCUGUGCCACCCAUGAAUCAGCCUCACCCACCACCACAUGCUCAACUGAUUACAUGUCCUAGACUUCCAAUCUUCACACAGGUGAUGCGACGAGACUUGGUCGAGUCUGGCAGAGGAGCACCGGGGCCAUUGGAAAAGAGAUGACACAGAGACUCGUGGGCUAGAACCAGAAGAUAACAACAGCUUUAGAGCUUCUUCACUGCCCUGGACAUACAAAGGAAGGCCAUUAAGUUAUACCUAAAUUGUCAAUACUCAGCUGGGAUGUUCUGUCUUUGAAAUGACUAGUGGCCCUCAAAGACUUGGGAGAGGUGUCAGCUGUGGGUACACCAAGUGAACGUUUGUGACAAUUUUGCAUAUGCAAAGCUAGUUCUGCUUUGUAAUUCAUAAUCAGUGCACUAUGACAGUUCAGGAACUUUUAAGGGAAUCGUAUAAUGACAUAAUGUGGUCCCUGGUGAAGAUAUGUGCUGUGUAAAUGCACUUUAAAAUACAGUAUAUUAUGAGCAUGAUGCUGAUAUAGUGUACCGUCACAGUAAAAGUAGGUCUUUGUGAAGCAUCCAAUGAGACUCGCUAGAGUUUACAUAUAGAAAUAAGUACUGAUUUUAGUUGGUUAACCAUGAUUUCUAGCAAGCUUCUCACUGACACCUCGAGACCCAAGCAGUGUGGAUUCCAAACUAUUUGCUAAAAUGAGGAACACAAGUUACUUCAUUUUUACAAACUUUAGGCUAUACCAGUCAUUUACAUUUUUGGAGACUGUCGUAUUGAAAUGCUAAAUUGGCAUGAUUCCUUAGACAUUUGACAGCUUCAUAAUGUAGUGAAGAAAAAUGGUUCUGGUAAAUGGUAAAGUACAAAUACCACUCGUAGUCACCUAUGAUGUGUGUUGUCCAUUAUGAAGUCCAUACCUGUUGGAUUUUCAUAAGAUGUUGCCUCUUGCUAUUUAAGAUGGUCGGGUAAAAUAAAAAUUAGUUAUGUGAUUGUUAUAUGAUCAUGUAAUUGAUAGUUUAAGGACAACAGUUUUGUAUAGAUAAUGUGUCACCACUUUUUGUCUGGAAAGCUUGUCAUUUCAGAAAAUACUACUAAUGUUAGAUGUGACUUUUGGACCAAGUUGAAACUUUAGAAAUGGACUAUGCUGAAUUUAGAGCAAGCAUUUUUUUGAAUGCUGAAAUAAUUUCCUAGAUUUUUUACUUAAAAUUUUAAUUUUGCACUGCUUUCAUGUACAUAUUUAUUGUAGCCAUUUUUAAAAAAUUAUAGCUUAAUGUAAGAAAAGGUUUCUGUACUUACCACUGUGAUGCUGAGAGGCUCAAGCUGUCUUUUUAACUGAGCAUCAUAUAUAGAAAAGUUCCUUGUUUCAUACAUUAUCUGAUGAAAUAUUUUAUAAAAAAUGGAGCAAUUUUAUAAAUAUAUUUUUGUUUCUUAUUCAGCCUCUUUACGUUGAUCCAUCUUUUAAGUAAAAUGUUACAUGGAACAUAUACCUUAAUACAAGUAGCCUUGCUUGAAUGUGUACUUUUGAUGUGAAGUUUGGCAUAUCCAUUAUUCAGAAUGGAGAUAUCUGUAUGCAUACUGGCAUAAUGCUUGUUUUUAAAUAUAAUAAUGAUGGAUAUAUCUGCAUCUAUUUUGAUCUAAAGACAAUUGGGUGAACAGUUACAAAGAAUACUUAUCAUAUCAGUUUUGUUUUUUGCUGCUGAAAGUUCGUAAGCAAAAAUUUUUAAUCUGUUUUGGGAAAACGAGUUGGCAUAUAAUUUUUAGUUUUUGGUUUUAUAUUUAUUGUAAAUGAAUGCCUUGUUGGGAUUUUAAAUUAUAAUUAAUUUUCAGAUUUUUUGUUUUAAUGUUGAUUUUAAAGAAAUAUAUUUGGAAUUUAUUUGUUGGGUUCUAUACAGACAAAAAAUUUUUUGUAUUGUGUACUAUCCAAAUGUGAUAUUUGUAAAUCCUUAAUAUUGGAUUGGAAAGGUGACAAUGUAAGGUAUGAUGAAUUUUUAUUCCUUUGCUUUUCAUUAUUUUCACAGUAACAAAAUGCUGCCAGAUAGAUUUCAAAAUCAAGUUAUACAAAGCAGUUGUAUGUCAAUUUACACUGAAUCCUUCUCUUGCUCAAACUACUGUUUUUGUGCUCCUGGCACCUAAAGGUUAAUUUAUUUUAAAUAUUUUUGCCUAGUUUCCUAGAUACUUAGAAAGUAGGUCAAUGUAAACCAUUAGGACUUCUUAAGUUUUCAAUUUAUUUUAGUAUAUAGCAAUGUAUUAAAUAAAACUGCAAAACAUUAAAUAAAACAAGCUUCCAGCUCCUCCCAUAAUGUAAAUUUUAUUCCUUAUGCUCAACCGUGUUUAAUAUGCAUGAUAAUUUUUACUAUUAAAAGACAUUUAAAUUGUUUUUCAUAUUAGUGUUUUUCAUCCCUAUUUAGUUAAUUAUUUAAUCCACUUUAAAGACUAUUGAUUAUUAUGCAUUAUUGAAAAGCCUAUCUUCAAUACUUGAUUAUUUCCUUGUGUACAUAAUAUUGAGAAUGGCAGGAAAAUUGGUCACUAAAAAUUCAACUUGGUCAUAGAUUUUCCUUUGAAGUUCAUAAUUGUAAUUUUUUUCCUUUGUGACAGGAAUGAAGUGACUAGCUUCCCAAAUAAAAAAUGGUUGUAAGUAGAAUUUAAAUGAAAAUUUGUCCUAGCUUUAUUUGGUACGUGCCACUGUCAAAUUCUAAAGCAAAAUUGAAUGUUUGUUAAAUUAGUCUUCAUAAGUAUGUACAAGUUUGUAUAAUGGCACCAGGUAUUUUGUGAAAUCUCGUAUCUUUGCUGUGAUAUGCUGUUUGCAGGUUUUAUACAUGAUUUUUAGAGGUAAAUCUUGUACUUUGAAUUUCUUUGCCAAAUUUCCGUGAUUAUCCUGGUUGUCAUGGCUUUGUUCAACAUAUUUAUACACUGCAUUUUGAAGGAGAGAACAGUUUACUAAAUACGAGCAAAUUAUUUCACCCUAACUUUUGGUAGUUUUAAUUUUGCUUCUAAAUUUUGUGAUUGAGUACAGUACUUGGUUAAUUUUUUGGUUGAGUUAAUCUUUUCAUUUUUCAUCUGAGGCCUUUUUGUCAUUAGCAUCCUUGAAAUCAGAUAUGUUGGUGACUAAUUACCAAGUUGUACUAAGAAUUUGGACCAAUUGUUAGUGGGUGAUAGUAAAGAGGGAUCAUGACUAUUAUCACUGGACUAGUGUUUAACGUUAGAGCGGAAUAGAUGAAAAAAUUGGUUUCGGAAGGUCAUCAGUAUGCCAGAUGGGGAGAUCCAAGUUUUCUUUAACAGAUAAUCAAUGAGGUUCGACUUUGCUGCAAUUGAGGAAGAAGUCUGCUGUCUUAUAGGUUGCAAGCUAUCAGGGAGUAUAAGUACAAACUGUUGCUUCUGAAGAAUGAAUUUUGAUAUGCUCAGUGACUUGUGAGCCUUAUUUAGUGUCCCAUUUAGGCUUUGUUAUUUUCACAUUUUUGCAUCAGUAUAAAGUUGACAUAAUAACAUCUGCUGGCACAUGAUCCUCAAUUGCACCAAAUACUGUAAUACACAAUCACUACAUGAUGUGUGUCAGAUUUUCAUCCUAUGAUAGGAUAAUGCUCAGUCUCUUCAGUCAUCUCCCAACUGUCAUGUGUGUUGCCUAUCUUUCUUAGAAGAUUAUGUAUAUGCAUCUUUUAAAUAUAUAUGCUGUAUAAAUCAACUAUAUGUACAAGAUAUGCACAUAUUAAUAAAUAUACAUACAUAUAUUCAUAUAAACCAGGAAGUACAGAUUGUCACCAGGCUUAGUGUUCAAAAUAUUUGGACUAGAAUUUUGUACACUACAGUACUUUCUUACAGGUGUGGUUCUUUUUCCUCUAUGAUCUUCAAUUUAUCUUGUACUAUCACCUUCCUCAUUGCCCAUGCAUUUAUUUAAUGACUACUGUGCCUCUACCAUCUGUUCUAAUUUAUUCUGUACUAGUUAAAUUUUUUUAUCACCUUCCUCAGUUGCCCUUACAUUUAUUGGCUACCACUGUGUGAUUAUUUUCCUUAUGAAAACUUCUGUGAUGUUUGCAUGAUGACUCUCUUGUUACCCUAUUCAGUUCUUUGGUCUCUGUUUACUCUGUGGUAGAAAAAAGAUAACAUUUCGUCUUCUUGAUUAAGCUUCUUACAAUAAUAACAGGUCUCCUUUUCUGUUGUGUUUUUCUGCCCCUUGUCUACUCAGAUGUACUCUAACUCUUCAUGCUGUCUUAGUGUGAAUUCUUUUCAUAUUUUAUUUCUAAUACUUUUUAAGCCAUGAGGUACAAUUAAGGCUUAUUCUCUGAUACAGUAGGGCCCCGCUUUACGGUGUAUUGCUAAUAUGGACGUUUCAAAUUAUAACCAAAACUCGCUAUACGGCUCCCCCUGUCUUUCUACUACGGUCAUUGCUCCCCACCCGGUUUGUUUACAUUCUCAGUGAGCACGUCUCCAUUAUGUCAGGAAACUCCAAAAUUUCAAAGGGUUUUAAAGUUAUUGUGUAUUUUAUAGAUACUCUGAUAAUUAUACUUAUGUGUAAACCCCCCCCCCCCCCCCUUUUUUUUUUUUAUCAUCAGUCAUCUCCCACCGAGGCAGGAUGACCCAAAAAGAAAGAAAAUCCCCAAACAGAAAAUACUUAAUUCACACUUUCACCCCACUCAUACGUAAUCACUGUCUUGGCAGAGGCGCUCAGAUACGACAGUUUAGAAGUCCCUCCAAAUUAACAAUAUCCCAGACCCCUCCUUUAAAGUGCAGGCAUUGUACCCAUUUCCAGGACAAGUCUGGCUAACCAGAGGCUACCUGUACCUAAAUAAACUUGCACACUGUGCUGACAUGCAGGUACACAUUAAAAUCACUAAGUGUCUCCCUCUAGUCUUAAUGCCAUAGUAGUACUACUAAUAAGUAAUAAUAGUAAUCACUCUUGGUCACGUUAAAUGUCUUAUUUUACAUUAAAAUAGACAUUUUCAUUAAUCCAUCUAUGAUAUUUUCUUCAAAAUUAUAUAAGAAACGCAUUACGUAGCAUAUAAACAUGAUACAUACACUCACAGUACAAUUAAUUUUACAUAAAUAUGAGGUGUGGUAGCUGGGCGUUUUCUCUGGUUCAGCACCAGAAGAAUGCUCAUUACUUCUUCCUUCGUUUAUGGUGGCAUCUAAAGGUAGCUGUUAGAAAUGAUUAAACUCGGUGAACAAGGUAUGUCAAUGGUAAUAUGGCUCUGGGUCGCACUAAAUAUCGUAUAACUACGUAGGCUGGUGUAGCUAUGUAGCCAGGUGGAGUACGUAGCUACAUCUAUCAUCUACCUACACCUGACUUCCUACAAGUAAGUACUACUCACCUCUCACCCUACAUUAAGACUACAAAUAUUUUAAGGUAACUAAUGAAUGUAUUGUGUAUGUAUUUGACUUUAUUGCU